CUGAGCUCGCCCGGCAGUUGCUUGUGUGAUUCAACUCCCGCCCAAAUUGACCUCCAACUUGGGUGUUAUCAGUUGCAACCACAUUCAUGGACCUUGACCGUUUAUCGCAUUUCACUCGUCGUCGAAGAUAUUUUGCCCUUUGCGUGUUUUUCUCUUUGAAUUUCGGGAAUCAUGAGGAACUCCUUGCGCGCCUUCGAUAUGCGGCAGAGGAUUUUCCUGGUGAAGUGCUUCUAUCAGGGCUUUGGUGACUAUGACAGUGUCAAGAGGAGUUUCUCCAGUGUCUUCGACACGCCAAAUCUCACUGAUGACAUCGUCAGCGAAAUCAUCCGUCUCUUUGAGCACACCGGCAGCGUCUUCCGCCUCUCUGACAUUUCCGAUGACUUCCUGGACCUGGAGAAGUGCGAUGAUCUCUCACUGGACACCGAUCAAAUCGAUCUCAUUUACUUCAAGUCCCUCCAGGACAACCAGACGCCACCCGAAGUGGAGGAAAUUGAAUUUGAUGAGAAUCUCUUCGACAUCCCGAGCUCUGUUGUCUCCACUUGUGGCUCCGUUCUCAACUCGCCGGCGUACGAUCAUCAGUCAUUUGUUAAGCUCUUCGAGCACCAUCAGACUCCUGACUUCACGGAUGUGAUCAGGGAGGCGGUGGAGAAGAGCCUGGAGGAUCUCGAGGAUCCCACAAAGAGUCUCGAGGCUUCGCUCUCGCCUCUCGCCUCCCUGGACACACCCAUGGCGUCACUUGAGGACACAAUCAGGGAGCUGGAGGAGUCGCUGCGCAGCAUCCAAACGGGCAACUCCUCGCCAGACAUCCAUCAACACUCUCCUGCCAAAGGACCACCGAAGAGGGGCCCACCGAAGAGAAUCAUCUGCGAGACGUGCGGAAAGGCAUUUGCCAACAAGUCGCGCCUCGAGCAACACCAGAAGAGUCACUCGCAGGGAAAGCCUCACGUGUGUCCGCACUGCGGCAAGACAUUCAAGUGGAUCUUCGCCUACUCGCGCCACCUGAAGAUCCACUUUGAUGAUGGCAAGAAAUUGUUCAAGUGCGGCUCCUGCGGCAAAUCCUACCGUUUCGAGAGAUAUCUCAAGUUCCAUGAGAAGAAUGUGCACAAGAAGCAGGAGCGAUUCCUGUGCAAGUGGUGUAAUCGGGAGUUUGUCUCGCAGGCUGAAUUGCUGGCGCAUUGGAAGACUCACAGCGAGGGCGUCUUCUUCUCCGACACCAACACGAACAUCUCGAAGAUUGUCAGCGAUCUGCAAUGCUCUGAGUGUGGUAAGAUCUUCUCCUCGCGGGACAGCCUGAAGAAGCACAUGGUGCUGCACACGGGUAAGAUGCCCUUCACCUGUGACAUCUGCGGCAAGGGAUUCACGUGGAAGGAGGGCGUGCGCCGCCACCUGUUCAAGCACCUCGGCAUCACCGACGAUCUCAGUCCGGUGUGCAAUGUGUGCGGCAAGCGAAUGUCCCGCGACACCGCGCUCAGAGCCCACAUGAAGACGCACGAGAAGACUGAGAAUGCGUUCAAGUGUCGCAUCCUGGGUUGCUCCAAGACCUUCACCACGGCGCGACUCCUGAAUCGCCAUGUGAAUGAUCGCCACAGCAGUCGCAGAUUCAUCUGUGACUACUGUGACGUUGUGUAUAAGGACAAAUCUCAGCUGCAGAUUCAUAUCAGGAGGAAUCAUCUGAACGAAGAGGCGCCGUUCAAGUGUGCAAUCUGUCAGCGGGAUUUCUGGCUGAAGAGGGACUUCCGGAUUCACAUGGCGAAGCACCACAAUGUAGAAGUACAGUGAUAUUGUAUGGAAUCGAUGAUUAAAAACCGCAUAUUUAGGAAUAAGGCAAAAAACCAUGAUUUUAUCCAAGUUUAUCUGGCGCGCAUUCGCUGUGCUAAAAAUCUCCACUGCGUCUUGCAGCGCC